AGGUCGCGUGUGAUGAGUGCGGACAUCCCGAAUGCCGGGUAGCCCAGUCUACGACUCCCCCGAGAGAUAAUCAAGAUUGAGACGCAUACAUCGAUCCAGAAUCCGUUUCUUCUUUGACUUGGUCUUGACAACUCAAAAUUAUAAUUUGGACCUUGAGUAUAAUGGACGGGAUUCUAAUCGCUUUGUGGUGCCUUAUAUUCAACCCAGCUCGAGACUCACGUCCUCAAAAAACUUCCUUUCUCCUCUGAUUUCAAAGUCAUGCAAAUUGUGCUCUACUCAUCCUUCUUUUUGACGUUUACGCUCUUUUCUUUGGAUGGCUUUGUUCUCGGCGCAUCUACUUCUGUGAACACCCGCCUCUAUAGUACUCCUUUGCAGGCUGUCAAAGGACAGAUCAGCCAUAAACCACGCUCGACCGUUCCGGCCUCGGUCGUCCAUCAGCAACACAUUAACAGGGCCCUCCGCCGUCUAUCUCUCGCAACAGGUCGCGUCCCGCCAUCUGACAGCCAGUUCUUGACCAAAAUACACGAGAGGAUCGCGGUUGAAGCUUCACAUUCCUGCUUCCAUAACGAAAAACGGUUGAACCGUGUUGGCGUUCCUGGACUGUUUAAACUCGCCACCGCGACUUCGAAAGAAGAAACUGGAGGUAUUAUCAAUCUGGUCCAUGGCACCGAGGACGAUGAAGGCGGCCAUUCUACUCAACUUCAAAUCGAAUCUACAGACGUUGGAUAUUUCUGCGACGCUCAUAUCGGAACCCCAGCUCGUCCUUUCAAGCUGCUCGUCGACACAGGUUCUUCUGAUCUUUGGAUUCCCGAUGAAAAUUGUCAUGGAGACGAUGAAAACAUUCCAGGUUGCGGCCCACAUGCCUCUAUUGGUCCUAAUUCCAGCUCAACCUUCCAGAACACCCGAGAGGUUUUCUUCAUCUUCUAUGUCUCCGGGUAUGCCUUGGGCAACAUGGUCACCGACCAUGUAUCGAUCGCUCAGCUUACUGUCCAGAACCUUAAGUUCGGUGCCGCGAUCAGAGAAAGCCAGUCGGUUGUUUCUGCGAAUGUUCCAUGGGAUGGUAUUUUAGGUCUCGGGCAACCAGCACUUUCCCGCCAACCCAAUACAACUUCAUUCCUCGACGUCCUCAAGAAUCAAAAUCAAGUUUCCAAGAACGUGGUCUCCUUCAAGAUCCCUCGCCACCUGGACGCUCACAAAAAGAACAGCGAGGGAGAGAUGACUAUUGGAGGUCUGAACCCGAAUCAAUAUCACAAAAACACUCUCGUCACGAUAAAGAACGUGAACAAGAAAGGAUUUUGGGAAGUGCCAAUCGAUGGGUUGGUGGUGAACGGUGUUCAAUUGGGCUGGGUAGCGCAUGGAAAUCGUACGGGGGUGUUGGAUACUGGAACGUCCCUCCUGGUCGUAACCCCCUCGGACGCCGAUGCCAUUCACGCUCUGAUACCUGGCGCCCGGUUCGACUUUGGACAAAAGCAAUGGACCAUCCCGUGUACAAGCAACACCUCCAUGACAUUUAGAUUCGGGAACAGGUCUUUCACUAUUGACCCCCGAGAUUUAAUCUUCGACCUUCCCAUCAAUGCAACUACCUGUUACUCCGGAAUCACCGCCGGGAAGCUUGGGUUGGGAUCUAAAGCUUGGCUGGUCGGGGACACCAUCCUCAAGAAUAUGUACUUGAGCUUGAACAGGGAGACCGACGAGAUUUCGUUCGCUCAACUGAAGUAG